AUCAUCUUCUCCAUUGUAUUUAAUCUGAACGAAACAUGUGUGAAGUCCGGAUCUGUUAGCCACAGCUAGCCGCGUUCGGGGCGCGCGGGGCGGGGGGGUCAGUUUGCCCAGCUGCUGCUGCUGCUGCUAACGGCUACAAACAAAUAACAAGCUAACUACACAGCUCAGUGUAACGUGUUCGUGCACGGGGGACACAAAGCGGCGGGCGGCGGCACAUUCGGGUGUUAGCCGCCGAUGUCGGUUGUCAGCACGUUGCUAUCUGACCGUUUGUUGAACGUGGCGUGAAGCGAAAUGGAGCCGCGGCGACGUGCUCACGCUAGCUAGCAGCGCUAGCGUCAUUGUUAGCAGCGAUUCCGCGGCGCUGACAGUCGGUCGUGCUAACCGAGGGCACGGGGCGGUGUUAGCGGCAUUGUCUUCGUCCAACACCCACACCUGCGUGCUGCCGACUGCCCCAGUUGGUUUUUAUGUCUCGCUCUCAAGUUGACAGCGACUUGUAGCCGCCCGGUGUCAACGUUAGCGUUACUAGCUGCUGUCUUCGUCAAACGUGAAGCGGAGCUAACUUAGCGUCAGUUCGGUGACAUGCGUUUGACAGGGGCGCUGCUGGACUUGAUUUUUUGCACACUUGUGCACACAAGGUGCUCAGGCUAACGUUAGCGCCGUACUUUAGCUUAGCGUUGAACUGAAGAAGAAGAAGAAAUGGCUUUGGUUUUAUUACAGACGAGCGAAAUAACCGACCGUUGUCGACAAGAACUACAUACACGUGCAGCUCGUGUCUGUGCGGAUAUGUUCGACGAUCAGGAUUAAAAAAAAAAAAGAAGCGCAAUGCGUCGUUUGCUAAUGGACUUCAACUUUUUAAUGAGUCAGCGAGUCUCGUGUAAGCAAACCGCGAAACCGCAGUGAAGCAGCACAUGGUGUCGCCGGGAAAUACAUGUGAACGAGGCUUACUGUGACAGACGGUCAGAGAGGGGCCUCGUGUCUGAUCGUCUGCACCUCUGCAUGUAGAGGGGGAAAGAGCGACGGAUCGCCCAAGGACCAGCUGAACUUCUCGCUUCCCAGACUGCUGAACUUUUCGCUUCCCAGACCGAUUUCCAGGGACCAUGCUGACCAUCCUAGCCGCUGGGUCCGUGUUCUUUCCAGGUCUCUUCUUGCUGUCCAAACAAUGUCUGAAGUCCAUCCCAGCACUGCGAUGGAGCGAAGGAGACGCGGUCAUUGUGUCUGCCAGGUUGGUGUCAUCAGUUCAGGCAGUCAUGGCCUCUUCAGCUGGCUACAUCAUUGCUUCUUCCUGCGUGGACAUCAUCGAGGACCAGCACUGGCUGACAAGCUCUUACAUCAUGUUUGCUGUCCCCUACUUUGUGUACGACAUCUACGCAAUGUUCAUGUGCUACUGGUACAAGCUACAGGUCAAAGGGCACGAGGAGCCCUCGGCGGCCCCCCAGCGCAUGAGCUCAGCACUGACCAGCUACUUGCGUCGUGAGUUCCUCAUGGUGCUGCACCAUGUUGUCAUGGUCACCGUCUGCUUCCCCGUCUCUGUGUUUUGGCGACAAGGAAAGGGAGAUUAUUUCCAGGGUAUAAUGUUCAUGGCUGAGCUCAGCACUCCAUCUGUCUGCUUAGGAAAAAUACUCAUCCAGUACAAACAGCAACACACUCUCCUGCACAAAGUGAAUGGGGCUCUAAUGCUGAUCACUUUUUUCAUCUGUCGAGUCCUCCUCUUCCCUUACCUCUACUACGCCUAUGGAAGGUAUGCCUCCAUCCCCUUCCACAUGGUUCCCUUCUCAGUGCCAUGGUACUGUAACCUCGGUGCUGCCCUGCUCAUGGCCCCCCAGCUCUAUUGGUUCUCCCUAAUUUGCAGGGGCGCCCUGCGACUAUUCACAGGCUCCUCCCGUUCUCAAAGACCACGCCCGGCCGCAGCCGCACCAAAGGAGCGCCAGACGGACGGCAGCGAACUGCCCCAGCCCGCCAACGGCUACAGCACUCGCUCCACAGAGCCCGAGCUGGCCACUCACUGAGAAGAAUGGAGGGGGAUGGUGGGGAGGGAAGGAAGGCGAAUGUACCAAUGAGUUUGUAAAGGAAAAGAAAGCUAUGAGGGAAAAGUGAGACUUGAAAAAAGUAGCAAUAUGAAGAAAGCUACAGUCAAUGGCCUCAAAUGGCGCUGAAGUCUUUGUGGCCAGCAGUCAGACUCUAACAGCUGGAUUUAUGCUUGAUGCUUCGGUCACCCAGCGGCAGACUAUUUAAUGCUCGCGCUUCAGGCGCCAUCAGCACAGUGGUGUCUUCUCCUAAAGGAAAGGUGUCGCUGCUGACAAAAGACCAUCUACACCACUGGAAUCGUGACAAGACGAAUAAGGACCAUGGUGUUGCGGUUGUUCGAUGAGGAAGAAAUUCUGCCCACAGUCUGGCAGGCGCUGUGAAAAGUGACUUUGUGUUCUCGCCUAAAGGGGCCGAAUGGGCAGACAUUGCACGAUAGUUUUGGAGAGUGUGGAACUUUCCCAAUUGUUUGGGGUGCAUUGAUGGAAAACAUGUAGCGAUUAGAGACCCUCUGCAUGCAGGAAGUGACUUCUUCAAUUACAAAGGUCCAUCUGGCCAAUGCCUGAGACGCGCCAUGAGCGACAAGUUAGGAAAAAUGUCGAGUUGAGCGACGCCUAUGCGGGCCACGGGAACUGACGUCAACGCCGCCUGACCGAUGCGUCAAGCAUAAAUCCAGCUUAACAGCUGAAUGAUUUGGUUGCUGGCCUUCAAGUACUUCAGCUUCUCCGUUUGUAGGAAACGGAUGGGAGUGUUAGCACACUCAGUAUUUAAAGAUGUCAUCGGGCACUGUGACAGACAGGAACAUGCACUGACCUGAGAGGAAUUUGCCUGGAUGUAUAGCAAGCAUAGAUGGCUUUUUCCCUCAUGUAGAUCAAAUUCAAUCCUCUCUGCCUCACGGUAUGGGAAGAGCAGGAAAAUAGGAAUGUAUUAUAUUGUAUGUUAGUACAUUUGCUGUAGAUGAAAGGCCUAAUUCAGUUUAGUAAUGGAGAAGACCUUCAAAAAAAGAGAGAAAAAAAAUCCCGGGUAAGCAGUAUUUUGACUUGUUAGUGUUUAUUAUCUGUAUCCUCUGUGUAGUCACUGUCACUCUAACAAUAUGUAACCAACCUGCAGACUGACUCAUCUUUAAAGGGAGAUAAUCUCAUAAGACUGUAUUCUGCUGCCUUAUCCCUUUUCCCCACUCUUCACAGUUUAUUUCCUGUUUUUAUUUAUUUUGAUCCUCGGGAGGAUAAGGAAGAGGUUUUCCUCAGGCACAAAAAUGUGACGCGGGUGUACAUAGCCGAAAAUUGUCCUUAUUUCCAUGUCAGUAUUAGGUCGAUGUUGAUUUUCUCCCCACUCAAUUUUUUUUUUAGUUUUUAGGUUUUGUUUCAUUUUGACAUCUGAUGUUUCUACAGCCCCCUUUUUUAACAAUUACAUUUCAGCAUUACAACAAAUGGUUUCACAGUUUUACUGCUUAGUGUUCGCAGGCUACACCACAAGUAACGCCAGUGCUUCUUUUUUCAGUGUAGAUAUUACUUCAUUCCAUUUUCUGGUAUCACAGGUGUUUUUUGCAGACAGAGAAGUGAUGCACCGUAGCAGUCACUUUAAACAGAAUAACCUACAUGUGUUUUUGUCUGUUUGGUUUUUUUUUGUUUGGUGCCGAUGUAAAUUUAAAAACACCCAUUUGAUCGGCUUGAAUAUUUCACACAGGUAUCCACGAGGUUUUGAGUAUUUUUAGUUUUGUUCAGGGACUUGCAAAGCUAGUCUGAAGGGAACCAAAAGUGAAAAGCGACCUGGGGGAGCAUUCCCAUUUGAUUGACCUGCAGCGCAUUUGUCCAUGGCGAUUAAUUCUGAUGUUGCUCAUUUUCAUUAAUUUCCUUCAUUAAGUCUAUGAAUAAUUUCAGCACUGUAUGAAUUACUCUGAUCAUUGAGCCGUGUAUUUCAGCCACUGGUUCCAUGAACCUUCUAUGAACAAACUGGCUCGUUUUAUCCUUUUAUGUUUGUUUAAAGCAGCUACAUUGUCCUCAGGUCGAGGAAUAAAACAACCUGAAACAAAGCUCAGAAACCAUCAAGACGGGACAGCGUGUGCCAAAACAUUUGGACAACUGUGGGCAUGUUGAACACAGAGCAUUCAUUCCCCCUGUUCCAUGGAUUAGUAAAAUGCUGCUUCUUGACAAUACUAAAAACAUUUCAACUGAUGUACUGUAUAUUCCACAAAAUGCUUGUUAUUUAUUUGUAAGUAUCUAUUUAUUUAUUUAUUUGGUUUGUGGUUUUGAAUGCAUAUUUAUGCAUACAUACUAUACUCUAUGCUUCUGAGCCUUGUAUGGAGGCCGUAUUGUUACUCAAACUUAGCUAAAAUAAACUUCUCUGUCCCGA